GUUGGCAAUCCCGUCUCUCUCAUCAGUAAUACUCAGUAUUCAACUGCAAUCACAAAUCUAGCAGAAGAUCAAAGAACUCGACCGCUCCUAGCACUCCCUCACAAUCUCGCCAGCUGACGGCGAACAAAGGGAGGCCCUUUAUCUCCGCUACGCCGCAUCAGGAGUUCUUGAUCCUGGCCCACGUAGGACAAUAGCACCACAAGCGCCAAACACCGAGCGGCACAUGCCAUUGACUUCGUCCCAACUCCAGAAUACACAUACACUAUGCGUUGUUUUUUGGUUGGUAACGGCGUCGAUGCCACCUCGUCAACGGAUCGUUCUGUGAAGUUGGUCUUCACAAUCCAAUUCGCAAGUGCGAGUUUAUGUCUUGAUAUGACUCGGUACCGUUGUUUUGUCUAUGGUCUUCUCCUAUCAGAAAGCUGAAAACUCUUCGGCCAGUUCCGUUGAUGACUGCUUUUGAGCCGGAGAUGACGGUUCCUCUGGCAGAAUCACGCCUCUCGGAGGGCCCAGCGGCACAGCUCUAAUCAACGGUCAAACAACAAGUCUUCUAUCAACCUUCUACGGGUCUUGGCACCGGCAGCAACUCCUCCCCCACAACGUGGAUGAGGUUGCAAUAAAGUGUUCGUUGCGACCCAGUGGUGCAUUACCACCUUUGACAAGCAGCGGGAUGAAAGCCUGUCGGCUGGGGAGGGGUGCCCUCUCAUGUGUUGCUACUGGACUUCACCUCAUCUCGGAUUUACAAAGCUUCGCGUUAUACUGCUGACAGCAUGGAAGGGCUUGAUGAAGAUAUUCAGAUCUCCAAGUGUAGGAGUCGGCGGAAAUGACCUGUGCAAGGCGAGACUCGAGCGGCACAGUGGAAAAACUUCCCUUUGCAGCUAACCCCAUGGUCACAGCACGUUGGUGGUGUUCCGUCAUUGGUGUAAACACCAGGUUCAUCACGAUAGAAGGGCCCCUUGCCUGCAUGACAAACAGCGCUAGGAUGCAAUGAACCAGCGCCGCUACGGCGAUGUUUAAUUACAGGUAGUUGGGCCAGCACGCAGCACGCUAUUGCCCUGACCGUCUAAUCACAGUAGAGACGUACAUAGAGAUGAUAUGCUCAUAUACUGCCAGGCUUCAUGCCGGGCAGUCUGUUAAUCCAUGCCUGAUCACCGUUGCACUCUUCCAAAGGAACUUUCUCAAGGGUGAAGUUUAUAUAUUGCAAUCGUGAUCACGAUGGACAUCUACCGCCCCUCAACCCGAGACAGUCAACGCGCGUUUCUACAAUCUCAACAGCAACAGCCGCGUUAUUCGCACGAUCGAAGGGUUUCGCAGGCUACCUCAGGGGCCACCACUGCGGUACAAAGUCAGCUAUCUCUAACAUCGCCGCUUUACUUGGAUGAGAAGUCGGUAGUCGAGCCACCGCUCCCAGAUCCGCUUCGUGUACAGGGUUCCGUCAAUGUUCCUGGAACAUAUCCCUUGGCUACAGUGAACGUGGCUCAGAGAAAUGGAGCACAACCGGGAGGGUUCAACUGGCCAUCUGAUGGAGAUCUUGAUCCUCUCCCCCGAUAUCCAGGUACACCAGCUGCCGCUCCUUCAACACUAGCUGUUCCGCCUAUCGAACGAGAAAAGAAACCUCGAGCGCCUGGGACGAUCUGUGGGGUGAGAAGAGGACCGUUUCUGUUGUUAUCAGCAGUAGCAGGCCUGGUUCUGCUGGCCAUAGCUGUCGGCGUAGGAGUUGUGGUGGGACUGUCGAAGAAACCAAGCGAUGAUGAAAUCGCAGCUAGUUUAUCCUCCCCCAAAUCAAGCACAACCGACCACCCCCUCCCCAACAACCUCCAAACAACAAUCUUCUUGACCGCCACCUACACACCAACUCCCACAUCCACUGCCACCUCUGGUACCCCCUCGGCAACACCGACCGGCCUAGGCUGCCCCCAAAGUCAAGGACAGCAUUACACCUCGAACAACAACAAGAAGUUUAUUACCCUUUGCGGGGUGGAUUACUCUGACGAUGGGGAAGCAAAGAAUAUUUCUAAUGCGAAGGUGAAGAGCUUGAGGGAUUGUUUGGAGUUGUGCUCGAAAAAGAAGGAAUGUACGGGGGCGGGGUGGGGGGUUAUGGAAAGGGAUAAGGUCGGGGAACAUACUUGCUGGAUGAAGAACGGGUUGAAUAGCAGCCAUGAGGCGAGGGGGGGUUGGGCGUUUGGGGUAUUAUUAGGGGAGUAG